AAAAUCAUUGGUGUCUUCAAGCCCAAGAACGAGGAGCCAUAUGGGCAGCUGAACCCCAAGUGGACGAAGUGGCUGCAGAAGUUGUGCUGUCCGUGCUGCUUUGGGCGGGACUGCCUCGUCCUCAACCAGGGCUACCUGUCGGAGGCGGGCGCCAGCCUGGUGGACCAGAAACUGGAACUCAACAUUGUUCCCCGCACGAAGGUGGUGUAUCUGGCCAGCGAGACCUUUAACUACAGUGCCAUCGACAGGGUGAAGUCCCGAGGAAAGAGGCUGGCCCUGGAGAAGGUGCCAAAAGUCGGCCAGCGCUUCAACCGCAUUGGUCUGCCACCCAAGGUGGGCUCCUUCCAGCUCUUCGUGGAAGGCUACAAGGAUGCUGACUACUGGCUGCGGCGGUUUGAAGCUGAGCCGCUCCCAGAGAACACCAACCGGCAGCUGCUGCUGCAGUGGCAGCUGCCUCUGGAUCGGGGCAAUGACAACUGGCUCAUCAAGUACGACUGUCCCCUGGACAGCGCGGGCGUGCGGGACAGCGACUGGGUGGUGGUGAAGGAGCCCAUCAUCAAGCUGGCUGCUAUAGACAAUGGUUUGGCCUUUCCCUUGAAACACCCCGACUCCUGGAGAGCAUAUCCAUUCUACUGGGCAUGGCUGCCCCAGGCCAAAAUCCCCUUUUCACAGGAGAUCAAGGACCUGAUUCUUCCCAAGAUCUCAGACCCCAACUUUGUCAAGGACCUGGAGGAAGAUCUGUAUGAGCUCUUCAAGAAAGACCCUGGCUUUGACAGGGGACAGUUUCACAAGCAGAUUGCUGUCAUGAGAGGCCAGAUCCUGAACCUGACUCAGGCGCUGAAAGAUGGGAAGAGCCCCCUGCACCUGGUUCAGAUGCCACCUGUGAUUGUGGAAACGGCGCGUUCCCACCAGCGUACCGCCAGCGAGUCCUACACGCAGAGCUUCCAGAGCCGGAAGCCUUUCUUCUCAUGGUGGUAG